GAAACGAGAGGAGGAGGUAUAGCAUAUAUCAGGAGGGUGAACUGUUCCUCGCCGUCUCACUGGCUGCUAUAUCUCCAGUCCUUGCAGAUCACUCUAGUGUACCGUGCUAGUUCUCGCCGCCUCACCCAGACACAAUGGACUCCCUUGACGAAGAGCAGAUUGACACCCUCCGCAAGGCCUUCAACUCCUUCGACACCGAGGGCGCUGGCUCCAUCAACGCCGAGACUGUCGGUGUCAUCUUGAGGAUGAUGGGCGUCAAGAUCUCCGAGAAGAACCUUCAGGAGGUCAUCGCCGAGACUGACGAGGACGGCUCCGGUAUGCUGGAGUUCGAGGAGUUCGCUGAGCUCGCCGCCAAGUUCCUGAUUGAGGAGGACGAGGAAGCCCUCAAGGCCGAGCUGAGGGAAGCCUUCCGUAUCUACGACAAGGAUUGUCAGGGUUACAUCACCACCGACGUCCUGAAGGAGAUCCUGGUCGAGCUUGACCCCAAGUUGACCCCGACUGACCUCGACGGCAUCAUUGAGGAGGUCGACGAGGACGGCUCCGGCACUCUCGACUUCGAUGAAUUCAUGGAGAUGAUGAGCGGUUAAAUCAUCACUUUUCCAGCAUCCUUCCUCAUCUCUCACUUCCCUUUUUCAUUCAUUCCUCUAUCCCUCACUUCCUCUCGGGGGAAAAAUGUCACCCUAGCUAAAAAAUAGAACAAAAGAAAUUAGGACAUUCAUUACACCUCGUCCUCAUUUUCAUUUUUUUCGUUCUUCCUUCAUUCUUCUUCUUUGUUAUCUUUCUUUUCUCAUUUUCUCGUUCUUUGCGGCCAUUCAUUCUUCAGUUCUUAUCCACACAACCCAUUCCAAGCCUGUGUAUGAUUUAUACAUUUAUUCAUUCCUUAAGCCGUAUGGCAAGUUUUUUAUUUUUAUUUUCAUCUCCCUCUCCUUCAACUGGAAACAACAACAGCAACAACAGCAACUGGAAUACAUGACCUUAAUUUUCACCUUUAUUUAUUUUUUAUGUAUUGAAGGAGAUUCUUUCUCUCCUCGAGGAAGAAAGAAGAAAAAAAGAAUGAUACAUAUCUUUAUAUUUUUAAGUAACAUGGUCAUUGUUAUUCAGUAAUUCGGUUUCUGAGCAUUGGCCUUAUCAAGCUGUUCGGCCGUGCAAUAAAAGUUUUUUUUUCUGAAUUACAA